CCGGGUCACGCGAGUGCUGGCCGGGGCGAUGACAUUGUACCAAACACAAGACGUCAGGUCGCCGAGCGGCUUACAUGUUGUUACUUCAGGGCCUCUGAACGCUUGAAUCAGCACCCACGUCGCCGUCAACAUGUCUUCCGCCACUUCGGGCCUCACGGGGGAGCGGCAGCAGGCGCGAGCACAGUCGGCCGUGGGCGUGGAGUACGUCCCCACGGAGGAGGAGAAGCGGGUGUUCAGGGAGUGCAACAAUGAGAGCUUUUGGUACAGAUCUGUGCCCUUCUCAGUGGUCGGCGUGGCUGUCACUCAGGUCCUGGUCGCUAAAGGGAUUCUGUCUGCGUCUCCGAGGUUCGGAUCUCUACCCAAAGUUGUCUUCGCUGGCUUCUGUGGCUACCUGGCGGGCAAAAUGUCGUACAUGAAGACGUGCCAGGAGAAGUUCAAGAGGCUGGAUAACUCUCCUCUGGGAGAGGCCCUCAGACAGAGGACAGGAAUGUCGCCGCUAUCUCCCAAGGCUCCUCAGUCGGAGAUGAGCGAUCCAGACGCCCCGUCGUUUGACACUAUGUUCCAGCAAGCGGACGCCCCCGUCCACGCGACUCCCGACAGCAGAACCGAUGAGUACGGCUACAACGCCUCGAUGCCGAUGGGCAAAGCGGAUGACUUUGCCGCUCCAGCGGAAGAAGGGGAACCCAGGAGGAAGGGCACCCUCUAUGAGAACUUGAGGCUAAAGAACCGAGAGAACUACGAGGUCACGCUCAAUCAGAAGGCCGACACGCUGCUCAAAGCGUCCCCCGAGAAGGAGCCGGGGAGAUACAAUAAAGACGUGAAGAAAAACAUCUAUGGAGACUCCUGGGAGGAAUGAGUGCCUGUUUUAAAUGAUCAUGUGACCUCUACAAUAGGCAGGCCAGUGGCUGUAUUGCACCUGUGUGAAUCAAGUCUCCUGAUGUUCUACCAGUCUGUGAUAAAUGUAUUUGCUAAAGAGUCGAUUAAACCAAAUUUACAUGAGAAUUAAA